UGUAGAUCAGGAGAAGCAAGGGGGACAGCUGGUAGUCAUAGUGGAUAGGAGUAAAGCGUAAAUAAAUAGACUCCUAAGGCAGUAAACAACGUGGGUCUUCAGGAUAUCGCCUUCGGAGACAUUCCGGUCACCGUUGGCGGUCUGGCCAGAGUCCUGGUGACAAUUUAAAGCUAUUCCUUCUUACAAAAGCAGUGUGCCGAGGGAGGACGCGUCUCUUUGAAUAGACAGGAUGCACGGACCGCCCUCCGGCGACAGCGCAUGCCCAUUGCGCCUCAUCAAGAGAGUGCAAUUCGGCAUCAUCAGCCCAGAUGAGCUUGUAGGUUUUGCUUUGGGGUGGGGGGAUUCGUUUACUUUCUGAACGUUCUCACAUUGAUCUUAUCUGUACAUGACUAUACCUAGAAUAUAUCAUUGAUGACAAUGGAUGUGCUACAAAGGAAGUAGCUUACAGCUAGCCUAGCUAACGUUAACUAGCUAAGCCAUGUUGGAGCUUGAGCUAGCUAGCUAGCUAGCUAGCAACAGCAUGUUGUAGGAAGUUCGACAAACUUUUUCAGCACACAGUAUUUUCCAUCUGAGCUAAACCAUAUAUAUCAUGAAUCAAACUCCCUUUUAUUUUGAAAAUACAUGUAAACAAAUACCAUUUUAGCUACUUUUACUGAACUUUACAAUUUUGUUCUGUUCCCAGCAAGUUACACACACAAACACUAAUGUUCCCACUUGUAAUCUAUAUGUGGUAUAUCAUAAUAAAAGGCAACGCCAUUAAAGUCAAAGCUAUGCAUGUUUUCUUUACGUUAUGUUUUAUUAGUUUUAGAAUAAAGGGAUCUUUCUUGGCAAUAUAAUACGUUGUUUACAUAAUCCUCUAGUCAAUUUGCUCACCUCAAUUUCUUUUCAUCCAUUUGGUUGGACCUCAAAAUUGAUUUGUCAGGGUACCAAUACUGGUUUAGAAAUGCAACUUUGAUCAAAGUGUACCACUGUGUUCUUAUUGAGUUGUAGGUACGGUCAUCGUCGCUUGAUUCAAUUACUGAUUUUUCAGGGGUUAUUUGUUUUGAAAUAGUUUCGAGGUAUGUAAGCCAUUUUCCAAUGUGACUGCUUCACUGUUCUAUGUGUAUUUACUUAGGCUAUUCAUAUUUUGGAACUGGAUUUGAUGUUGACUAUGGUUCUCCCUCUAGAAACGGAUGUCGGUCACGGAAGGGGGAAUCAAGUACCCCGAGACCACAGAAGGAGGGCGUCCCAAACUCGGUGGGCUGAUGGACCCCAGACAAGGGGUCAUCGAACGAUCCGGAAGGUGUCAAACAUGUGCAGGUACAGGAAGUUACCAGGACAUCGUUGUAAUUUUGUGGUUGGGUCACCACUACUGUGCUUGAAUGUUGGUUAAAUUUUUAUUUUUUAUUUUUGCUGUUCAGGUAACAUGACAGAAUGCCCGGGCCACUUCGGCCACAUAGAGCUGGCCAAGCCGGUGUUCCAUGUGGGCUUCGUCAACAAGAUCAUGAAGGUCCUCCGGUGUGUCUGCUACUCCUGCUCCAAGCUGCUGGUCGACACAGUCAGUAACCCUCCAUUCCUUCCUUCCUUACACUACCACUACACAACCUAUAUGUAACAUGUACCAAUCCGCUCCCGGAUUCAAUACUUGUGAUGCUCACAACAUGGCACACUCAAUACAAAAAAACUAUACCUCAACUUCCACGCUGCACUGUAUACACAUAGAAUAUCUAACACUGCAUAAACUCCUGAUAUAUCUAAUUGAUUUUCAUUUGAUGAGUAUAAGAAUUAUGGAUCAAGGCAUACUAAUGAUUACAUGUUAGUCCUUACAUGGAAUUACAUUACACAUAUUCCAAUGACUUGUUGAUGUGAUGGGGCGCGUUCAGCAGGAUGCAACGUUUUGGAAUGUUCAGAUAGAAAUAUGCUAUAUAGAACGAACAUGCAGCUCUGACAUGUAGAAUAAGGAAUCACGUCGGCUCUAUUUGUGGUAUUUCUAUCUGCAACGUUCAAGAAUGGCCCUGGUGUCUCCUUCCUUCUAGAAUAACCCAAAGAUCAAAGACAUCCUGCAGAAGUCCAAGGGGCAGCCCAGAAAGCGUCUGACCCACGUGUACGACCUGUGUAAAGGCAAGAACAUCUGCGAGGGCGGAGAGGAGAUGGACAACAAGUUUGGAGUGGAGCAGCAGGAGCACGACAGUGAGGACAUCACUAAGGAAAAGGUACUGUCACCGGGGACUCUUGUCAACGUCAUGUCAUUCGUAGGCCAUCAAUACUUAACGCAUAUUUUUGUCUUUGUGUGCUCUCAUCUCACAUAGUAACAUCUUUCUGAUUUUGUUUCCUCAUGGUCCUCUUGUAACACACACACACUCUCCCCCUCACUCUCCCAGGGCCAUGGUGGCUGCGGGCGCUACCAGCCGCGUAUCCGCCGGUCGGGCCUGGAGCUGUACGCUGAGUGGAAGCACGUGAACGAGGACUCACAGGAGAAGAAGAUCCUGCUGAGCCCCGAGCGCGUCUAUGAGAUCUUCAAACGCAUCUCGGACGAGGAGGACGUAAUCCUGGGCCUGGAUCCCAAGUUCUCCCGGCCUGAGUGGAUGAUUGUCACGGUACUACCCGUGCCGCCGCUGGCUGUCCGGCCUGCCGUCGUCAUGCAGGGCUCCGCCCGUAACCAGGUGAGGAGGAAUGACUAACUGUUAGAGAUUUUUUACUGAAAUGUCAGGAAUUGAAGGGGUUCGGUGACUUUCAAGUGCAAGACUGUCAUUUUGCCUUGAAAUUGUUGAGAUUGUUUAACUUGUUUAAGUUUUACCAUCGUCGUUUAACCACGUCAUGUCCUUUUUUCCUGUCACCCAGGAUGACUUGACACACAAGCUGGCCGACAUCGUCAAGAUCAACAACCAGCUGCGGCGGAACGAGCAGAGCGGCGCGGCGGCCCAUGUCAUCGCUGAGGACGUGAAGCUGCUGCAGUUCCACGUGGCCACCAUGGUGGACAACGAGCUGCCAGGCCUGCCCAGGGUACGCACUGCAGCAAGGACACAUGAGAGGGCACCAAUUGGCACAACAUUACUGUACUUCUUACCCUUGCCAAUGUGUAUUGUUACUAUAGAGAUUUACUGUUUGUCUUUGUUUGAAUUGAAGAUUGAAGACUAAAUAAUACACAUACUAUUAGAUGCUUUAAAAGUGCUCUUUUGUUAGACUGAUAAGACCGACAACUAUUCAACCCAUAAUAUCUGGGUUUAUUUCAUUUUCAAUGAUUACUGAUAGUUGUGAAGGAUCAUCAGCUCUGUUCUGAAUAUGUUUGUGCUGAUAACUGAACUUUCUCUUAACUCCCAGGCAAUGCAAAAAUCGGGCCGCCCGCUCAAAUCCUUAAAACAGCGUCUGAAGGGGAAGGAAGGGCGAGUCCGAGGUAACUUGAUGGGGAAACGUGUGGACUUCUCCGCCAGAACCGUCAUCACCCCCGACCCCAACCUCCAGAUCGACCAAGUGGGCGUCCCGCGCUCCAUCGCCGCCAACAUGACUUUCCCAGAAAUCGUCACACCGUUUAACAUUGACAGGUACGGCAGAGAAACUAACCAAUUGUUUACUGUUUAAACUGACAUAAUUGUGUGUAAUUGUGUAUUGGUUAUAAUGUUGACAGUCCUAUAUGUCGUCAGGUUACAGGAGCUGGUGCGCAGAGGCAACAGCCAGUAUCCAGGAGCCAAAUAUAUCAUCAGAGACAACGGGGACAGAAUCGACCUGCGGUUCCACCCCAAACCAAGUGACCUUCACCUCCAGAUCGGCUACAAGGUGACCCUCAAAAGACAAGAUGGUUCUCAUUUAUUGUGGAAUGUUUACGGAGUGACUUGGACUUGAUGUAAUGCAAUGUCACUUUUAUGAACUAAUUUUUGUCCCCCUCAGGUGGAAAGACAUAUGUGCGACGGUGACAUCAUCAUCUUCAACAGACAGCCCACGUUACAUAAAAUGUCUAUGAUGGGGCACAGAGUUCGAAUCCUGCCCUGGUCCACCUUCCGAAUGAACCUCAGGUACAACUAUCAAGUCUUGAAUUUUCCCUUCGAGUCUCUGUCAGACUGGCCCAGUUUCAGACCACAAACAGACAUGAUACCUGAGUAGUUAUUGUUUGUUGGCAUAAACACUGACAAGAAUGUUGGGAAGAACAUUGAUAUAGAACCUAUUGUUGAGCGAAUAUAAUUUCAGGAUUGGGAUUAGUGCUCCUAUAGUAUCGGAUGAUUUUCUCAACUUCAAUUGUUUCAAAAUGAAAGCAAAUGCUAACACAGAACACAUUACACACCAUUGAACAUAUUACAUAAAAACAGAUCCAGGAUGGUGACAUUAACCACUCUGCCCCCCUCCCCCUGUUCCACAGUGUAACCACUCCGUACAAUGCUGACUUUGACGGGGAUGAGAUGAACCUGCAUCUCCCCCAGUCCCUGGAAACGAGAGCUGAGAUCCAGGAGCUGGCCAUGGUGCCUCGUAUGAUCGUCACCCCCCAGUCCAACAGGCCCGUCAUGGGCAUCGUGCAAGACACCCUCACCGCCGUGCGCAAGUUCACCAAAAGGGACGUCUUCCUAGAGAGGGUAAGGAGGGGAAUGUUUAAAGGGAUAGAUCAGCCCCAAAAACAUACACACACGUCUUUCCUCCACUUAUUCUGUAACAUGAUCUGUCCCCCAGGGCGAUGUGAUGAACCUCCUGAUGUUCCUGUCUACGUGGGACGGCAAGGUGCCCCAGCCAGCCAUCCUGAAGCCCCGGCCGCUCUGGACGGGCAAGCAGAUCUUCAGCCUUAUCAUCCCGGGCCACAUCAACGCCAUCCGAACACACAGCACCCACCCAGACGAGGAGGACAGUGGGCCCUACAAACACAUCUCUCCCGGGGACACCAAGGUAAAAACACUAAACUGGAGAAACACACUGAGAUGCUCAUGUGACAAGGAGGAUUUGUUUAACAAAUGUUGUAGUGAUAGUGUGUGCAGAAUACAGGCUUUUAUUGCAUUUAUUGUGUACAUUCUUUAGUUACAUGUUUUUUCUAUAUGUUCCCAUCUUAGAAUGCUAGCACUUUACCACACAUGUAAAAAAAAAAAAAAAAAAGGUGGCCAUUUUGUCCCAGAACGCUAACCACACCUCCUAACGCAGAACCAUGAAUGGAUACUAACCCAAUGUGCGUAAAAUACUAUUAUAUAAUGUCAUGUGUCUGUGUUUCCCCAGGUGAUAGUGGAGAACGGGGAGCUGAUCAUGGGCAUCCUGUGUAAGAAGUCACUGGGUACCUCUGCUGGCUCCCUGGUCCACAUCUGUUUCCUGGAGAUGGGCCAUGACGUCACCCGCCUCUUCUACUCCAACAUCCAGACGGUGGUCAACAACUGGCUGCUCAUUGAGGGUAAGGACCUGGACUGAGUGGGCCCUGGGAAGAGGGCAUCAGUGGGUAGAAUGGCAACUCCUUUGAAAUCCGCUUGAAGUUAAUCUGUUCUAUUUUGGGGUUAGGGGUUAAAUUCCUCUAAAUGCAGAUAUUUCAGUCAAUAUUACCAGUUUUUCUUAAUAUUCAUAUUUUCUCUCUGUAGGUGCUUCUAUCGGUAUUGGUGACUCCAUUGCUGACGCAAAGACGUACCUGGACAUCCAGAACACCAUCAAGAAGGCCAAACAGGAUGUAAUAGAGGUAAGUCCCUUCCCUUCGCUCUAAAAUAUUCCUUCAAAUAUUCCUUGUCAAUAAAUCCUCUUGUAUUCAUGAUGGGGACGUCCUCUGGCAAUUCCUUUUGAAAGAAUGUAGACUGGAAUAAAAUAUGUGAGCCAUUUCUAAGACCCUCUGUCUCGAACUCCCUUCAUUUUCUUCCUGUAAUCCUCUCCAGGUCAUUGAGAAGGCCCACAACAACGAGUUGGAGCCCACCCCUGGUAACACGCUGAGGCAGACCUUUGAGAACCAGGUGAAUCGCAUCCUAAACGACGCCCGUGACAAAACGGGUUCCUCUGCCCAGAAGUCCCUGUCUGAGUACAACAACUUCAAGUCCAUGGUGGUGGCCGGCUCCAAAGGCUCCAAGAUUAACAUCUCUCAGGUACGACCAGGGGUCCUAAAAAAUAUACAAACGACCUGCUCUCAUGCAAUAAGAAACGCUCAUUUUUGUUUUAAAACGCUACACUACGGUGUGCCCUACUGAACACGGCCCAGGAUAGUUUCAGACAUCGAUGGAUUUUUUAAUGGCACACAGUGUUCCUCUAGGGAUGACAGUAGACAACGGGCUUCGAUUUACACCCCUUAACUUCACACACUUUUUCCUUCUCUACCAUCUGUCUCUCCCUCUCUCUGGCCCUCAGGUUAUUGCGGUGGUGGGGCAGCAGAACGUGGAGGGUAAGCGUAUCCCGUUCGGCUUCAAGCACCGCACGCUCCCCCACUUCAUCAAGGAUGACUACGGCCCCGAGAGCAGAGGCUUCGUGGAGAACUCAUACCUGGCCGGCCUCACGCCCACAGAGUUCUUCUUCCACGCCAUGGGAGGCAGGGAGGGGCUUAUCGACACGGCUGUGAAGACCGCCGAGACUGGUGAGUGAAGGGGAGAAGUAAGAGUUUAUUUAAUUAAAGAUCACCAUUAGCUAUUGCAAAAGCAGCAGCUACUCUUCCUGGGGUCCACACAACAUAAAACAGGACAUAAUACAGAACAUUAAUAGACAAGAACAGCUCAAGGACUGCAUACAUUUAAAAUAAGAGUAUAGAAAGAGGGGGGAAGAGGAGGAAGAUGUUGGGGAUAGAGACUGGUGAUUGAAGGGGGGAGAGGCAAGGAGUAGAGGUCAGGGUUUAAGCUGGUUAGAAGCACUUUUUAAUGUAGGGAGAUGAGAGGGAGGAAGGGGUGACUGUUACGACCCCUGCACGAUUAGGGAGAGGAGACUCAUAGAUAGUUCGGUAAGUAGAUGGAUUUUUCACAGGUUUAAAUACUCUUCUAACCUCAGUCCUUAUCUGAUGUCCUUCAGGUUACAUCCAGCGUCGUCUGAUCAAGUCCAUGGAGUCUGUGAUGGUGAAGUAUGACGCCACGGUGCGGAACUCCAUCAACCAGGUGGUGCAGCUUCGCUACGGAGAGGACGGCCUGGCCGGGGAGUCUGUGGAGUUUCCAGAACAUGGCCACGCUCAAACCCUCCAACAAGGCCUUCGAGAAGAAGUGAGUGGUGAAGGGAAGUGGGUUGAGGGGAGUGGAGAUCCUGUGUAGCUCAGUUGGUAGAGCAUGGCGUUUGCAACGCCAGGGUUGUGGGUUCGAUUCCCACGGGGGUCCGGUAUGAAAAUAUAUGCACUCACUAACUGUAAGUCGCUCUGGAUAAGAGCGUCUGCUAAAUGACUCAAAUGUAAUGUAAAAUGAGAGAGAGAGGAAGGGGCGGGGAGGUACAAUGAUGGCUAGAGUUUUGGGUGUGGGAUAAGGGUACUAGAUUCGUUUGAGCUGUCUUGCCAACUCCUAUGGUGGUUAUUGUCAUGCCAACGACCAUAGGAGUUGGCUAUACAGGAAAAACAGAUCUGAGACCAGGCUUGUGCUCUCUUAGUCAUUCGAUGAUUGAUUGACUACAUUUAAAAAAAAAAACUAGUACAAGCUUUCCUCUCCUAUUGGUUGACAGUGUGACAAUAUUGGAUAUCAUAGACUUCACCUCUCCACGACCCACCAUCUUAUUAAUCACCCAGAUGCUAACGCUAAACUCUGUCUAGUCACGUCUAUAUGAAGGUGUUCAAUACAGCAGCUCACUGUCCACGCUCCACGGUCAACUGGCUUAACUCUCUGUCUGUCUAAUCUUGUCCUUCCCUAAUCCUCCUCCCUUGGCCACUAGGUUCAGGUUUGACUGCACCAACGAGCGGGCUCUGAGGCGCACCCUGCAGGAGGACGUGGUGAAGGAUGUGAUGACCAACGCCCAGGUGCAGAGCGCCCUGGAGAGGGAGUAUGAGAAGAUGAAGGAGGACAGGGAGAUUCUGAGGGCCAUCUUCCCCACUGGGGACAGCAAGGUGAAGGGGGGAGACACACACUAGCACAGGGGUCUCCAACAGGUAGAUCGCAAGCUACUAAGAAAUGGUCUUCUGAUGUGAUUUAAAGGCACAAUGCAGGCGUUGUUUCUCCAUAUCAAAUAAUUUCUGGGUAACAACAAAGUACAGUACUGUGAUUGAUUUUAAAUCAAAAUGGUCAAAAAGAAACAAAUGGCUUUUUAGCAAGAGCAAUUUCUCAAGCAAGAAUUUUGCUGGGAGUGGUCUGAGUGGGUAGGGGAAAACUAGCUGUUAUUGGCAGAGCGGUUUGGAACUCUUUCUUAUUGGUCUAACUAAUUUACCAUCUGGUGAUGUCACCAGGCAGGCUAACAUUUCAGGCUGUCUUUUCCAAGAGCUCUUGUACUUAAAGGGUAUUAUCAUCAUUCACAGUAUUAUUCCAACCUCAUGGUGUGGAAAUAUAUAUAAAACAAAUGUGACUGCACUGGGCCUUUAAGCAUUGACAUGGAACUCUUUGACAUGGAACAACUAUAUAUAGCUGUUUAUAAAACCAUUAUUUUACCAGCUAUAUUGACAGAACACAUCUCUUGUACACCAAGGACCCGGGGAAGAGUUGCAGGGUAGAGAAGAAUGCGCCUAUUUGAAAGCAAUAGAAAAAUGAUUAGCUUGCGACAUGGUUAAUUUGAUAAAAGUAGGUAUAACGCUAGAGAAGGUUGGAGACCCCUGCACUAGCAUAUGUGUACACACUAGCAUACAUCUCCAGAUUCUCCACACAUAUACAUCUCCACGCACAUACACAUGCAUACAUCCUCUUUCAUUCACUUCCAUGUACUCCCAGGAACUCUCACACACUUCCUUCCACAUGUCACCACUGCUAGUAUAUCCCACUGAUUCAGACCAAUGCGAUAGGGAUAUCUAACACUAAAGGCGUUAUGUCCCUGUUUCCCACUAGGUGGUGCUGCCCUGCAACCUGGCCAGGAUGAUCUGGAAUGCCCAGAAGAUCUUCAGAAUCAACCCCCGCACCCCCACAGACCUCAACCCCCUACGAGUCGUAGAGGGUAGGUAUCUACCACACUCGUACACUUUGCAGCCACCAUAGACCCAUAUUUGAAGAAACCCCUAAAGAUGUGCCAUGUAGUCGUACGUUUUAAAAGGUUGAUACCAUCCAUUUUCAAUGGCCACUCCUUGAGGCCGAUUUCAAAUAAGCCUUUGAGCAAUCACACCACCACAUGAAGUGACAUUGGUAGUUGAAAGUUGAUCGCACCCAUUGUCAACCAUGUCAUUUAUCGGAAUGAUUCACAAAUCGUGUGGACAAAUGCCUGGUUGUGGGAUUAUAGAUGUGAAGCGCUGUCUGGCCUGCCCCAUAGCUGCAUUGCUUACUGACGGCCAUAUAAAGCUUCUCGGGUGCGGCUGUGCUCCUAACACUAUAUGAAGAGCCCAGAGUGCUUAGAGAGAUGGAUGGAGGGAUCCCUUGCACUGUACAGGAUCACAUGGAGUACCGUAUUGUGCCUUACGUUCCUCGGUUUGUAACAUUGAGACAUUUGUUGUCAUGACGACAAAGGUGGGUUGUAUUGGAAUACCAUAGCACUUGAUAUGCUACAGUAAAAAGUUGCCUGAUUAAUUUUGUUGUUCCCACGACUAACUUUUUGGUGUAAAACGCAUCCAUCUCUAGAUGCUAAAAGCAAGAAUUUGCAAACACUUUGUUCAGUAACCAAGUAAAUUGCGUUGAUAUUUCUGCAAUCUUGGUACAAAAACGAAAUCUCUCGAUAAGCAAUUUUAUCUGGACCACUAGCCAGGCUAAGUAAGAUAUAAAAUGACCUGUGUGACAUUCUAAAACGUCUCCCUUCUCUUGUCUCCACGCCGCAGGUGUCCAGGAGCUGAGUAAGAAGUUGGUGAUUGUGAACGGCGAGGACCAACUGAGCAGACAGGCCCAGCAGAACGCCACGCUGCUCUUCAACAUCCACCUGCGCUCCACGUUGAGCUCCCGGCGCAUGACAGACGAGUUCAGACUGAGCACCGAGGCCUACGACUGGCUCCUGGGGGAGAUUGAGUCCAAGUUCAACCAGUCCAUCGUGAGUCGAGUCUCUCACACACACAGUGUGCUGGGAGAGGUUGAAAGGGGGAGAUUGAGGGUCAACACCUAAACUGGUUGCUAUGAACGAAAGAGAUGGGAUUAGAUAUACAGGGACAGUGUAGAAAACUAGGAUCUUUUUUACAGCAUAAAAACUUAGGAAAGAAUUCAUGCUCGGCUUCUCUGUUUUCUUUCAUUACACUGAUCUAAUUCCGUCAUAAUCAUUUAAUCUGAACACUUCAUCCUCUGCCUCCUCUAGGCCCACCCGGGUGAGAUGGUUGGGGCGUUAGCUGCCCAGUCGCUGGGAGAGCCCGCCACCCAGAUGACCCUGAACACCUUCCACUACGCCGGCGUGUCGGCCAAGAACGUCACCCUGGGCGUGCCGCGUCUCAAGGAGCUGAUCAACAUCUCCAAGAGGCCCAAGACCCCGUCCCUCACUGUGUUCCUGCUUGGCCAGGCGGCCCGCGACGCUGAGAGGGCCAAGGAUAUCCUCUGUCGCCUGGAGCACACCACCCUCAGAAAGGUGAACAGUGGAGAAUAUGUGAUAUGGGUGGGCUAAACAUGUGGUUGGCAUAGACGGGCUAUGUGACGGUUUCCACAGUUAAUAACAUUAUUCAGAAACCCACAAGAGGGCAUAUUAUUCUUGAAGGCAGUACUUCAUCAGUGGUGUAUCACACCAGUCAGACCAACAUUAGUUCUAAAGCGUUGUUUUACUUUAAUAAAUUGUUAAAUGUUAUUAAUAAAUUAAGUUAUUACAAUAUCUGAUUUCAUAGGUUGUUCCUUAUCUUUGCAUACUGAUUUUACAAUCAUUAACCAACCAUCCUCUCUCCCUCCCUCCUUCCAGGUGACGGCCAACACGGCCAUCUACUACGACCCUAACCCCCAGAGUACGGUGGUGACGGAGGACCAGGAGUGGGUCAAUGUCUACUAUGAGAUGCCCGACUUCGACGUGACCCGCAUCUCACCCUGGCUGCUCCGCAUUGAGCUUGACCGCAAGCACAUGACUGACCGCAAGCUGACCAUGGAGCAGAUCGCUGAGAAGAUCAAUGCAGGUGGGAAUGCACACACGCACACUUCCAAUACUUUAUUUGGAUAUAUAAUAAAGCAUUCCAGUAAAAAGGACCCACACACACCCUAUUGCUAAAUGCAACCUCUCUCCCUGAAGGUUUCGGAGACGACCUGAACUGUAUCUUCAAUGACGACAAUGCAGAGAAGCUGGUUCUGCGAAUCCGCAUCAUGAACAGCGACGAGAACAAGUUCCACGAGGACGAGGAGGUGGUGGACAAGAUGGACGACGACGUGUUCCUGAGGUGCAUCGAGUCCAACAUGCUGACGGACAUGACACUGCAGGGCAUCGAGCAGAUCAGCAAGGUAACGGAGGGGUCACAGAAACAAACACUUAUUCCUUUAAACUGCACUGUGGCACCAUUUUUCAUCUCCGCACCCAAUAGUCUUCCUUUCCUCUAUGCUCACCGAUCUCAUACAAACUGAUUGACCUAAACAACAUGGCAGAAACCUAUCCAGAUCAUUAACCCAUCAGCUAUUGAUCUAUAGUACUUCCCCUGUCUCCUCCCCCUAGGUGUACAUGCACUUGCCCCAGACAGACAACAAGAAAAAGAUCAUCAUUACAGAGGAGGGCGAGUUCAAGGCCCUGCAGGAGUGGAUCCUGGAGACAGACGGCGUGGGACUUAUGAGGGUCCUCAGUGAGAAGGACGUGGACCCCGUCAGGACCACCUCCAACGACAUCGUAGAGAUCUUCACGGUAUGGUUAGAUACCAUAGUUGGAUAGCGACGCAAGUUAUGAUAGUAACAAAUAGAGGUAAUAGUAACGAUAGAGACGAUGGUUACAGAUAGCUACGAUAGUUGUGAUAGUUACAAUAGCUAGCUACAAUAGUUUAGAUAGCAAUGGUAGUUACCGACAGUUAUGACAGUGAUCUUUAUAUGAUUUCUGAUUUGUAUUGUCUGUAGUAAGGGACCAGUUUAAAUGUUCUUUACAAUUUUGGCUAUACUUUCAAGUUCAUAUUCACAAAAGCACUCUUUGGGAGUUAAACAAGGAAUCCUAACUCGACAUUGUUAAACCUAUUCAGCUCUACUUUACUGCUAAACCUGAAUAGUACAUGAAUCAUAGCAUAGCCAAAACAUGUCAGUAUUUUGGGGGAUAUCCAUUACUCAUUCCAGUCCCCCCUCCUCUCCUGCCUUCUAGGUACUGGGUAUCGAGGCUGUGCGCAAGGCUCUGGAGAGGGAGUUGAACCACGUCAUCUCCUUUGACGGUUCCUACGUCAACUACCGCCACUUGUCGUUGCUUUGCGACACCAUGACGUGCCGCGGUCACCUGAUGGCCAUCACGCGUCACGGCAUCAACAGACAGGACACGGGACCCCUCAUGAAGUGCUCCUUUGAGGAGACGGUGAGUGUUACGCCAGGGGACAGAGGGAAGGGGGUGAUGGUCCAGCAUCGUGUUAGUAUGUCAUACUUACCAUUUUUAGAACAGUUGUCAGUGGGCUCUUGAGUAUAGUCGUCAGCAACUCUUCCGCUAGCUACAGUAUCCAUAAAACGACUUCCUUUGAGAACUUCAUAGGAGUGUUCUAGUUACCAACCUUGACUAGACCAACACAUGACAAAGCGAUUUUAUCUCAAUGAAACUAGUCAGUAUAAACAAUGAAAUUAAACGUAUAGUGUAGAUUAGUCAGCACCCUGUAGACUCACCGUCAACAUCAUCCCUAUCCCAGGUGGAUGUGCUGAUGGAGGCGUCUUCCCACGGGGAGAGUGACCCCAUGAAGGGUGUGUCUGAGAACAUCAUGCUGGGCCAGCUGGCCCCCUGUGGGACGGGCUGUUUCGACCUGCUGCUGGAUGCUGAGAAGUGCAAAUAUGGCAUGGAGAUCCCCACCAACAUCCCAGGCAUUAGCGUGGCUGGACGUGAGUAGACGGGACUAGAAUGGCAAAACUUUAUUGUCCGCACAGUGUGACUUUAAAUGUAAUUGUUCACACAAUGUGGCUGUUCCCAUCACCAUAUCAACUCCAGUAUUUGAAUUCAGACGGACAUGAAGGCAGAAAUGGACUGGUAUAGACCAAUUUAUCUAUGAUUUGAUUAAACAACGUAAACAUUUCAUUCCAGUUCUGAGUAUAACUAUGUUGGAAAAAGCCUACAUUCAAAGCAAAAUAUAUACACAAAGUAUCCAGACUUUUAGAUAAUGAGAUGUCGGUAAAGAAUCUCUAUAAGGAUUGAUUGUGAAAUGUGCAUAUUUUCUCUAUUUCCUCUUCUCAGCCACCGGAAUGUUCUUUGGCUCUGCGCCCAGCCCCAUGAGUGGCAUGUCCCCAGCCAUGACCCCCUGGAACACUGGAGCCACCCCCGCUUACGGUGCCUGGUCCCCCAGCAUCGGUAAGCCCCAACCUGGGUUGACUUUGACAAUAUCCUGGUAGUACAGUGUAGUCCAUACCACCUUCUACUGUACUGUUCCAUUAACUCAUGCUCUGACCUCCAGGCAGCGGGAUGACCCCUGGAGCUGCAGGCUUCUCUCCCAGCGCAGCGUCCGACGCCAGUGGCUUCUCUCCGGGCUACUCCCCGGCCUGGUCCCCUACCCCUGGAUCUCCUGGGUCCCCUGGACCAGCAAGCCCCUAUAUCCCCUCUCCAGGUUAGUCACCAUACAAAACACCCAGUUUGGUUUGAAAUAUCAACUGACACAGGACCUUUUUUACAUGGAAUUAAUUAAUUUCUUGUUUAUUUUUCCAGGAGGUGCCAUGUCUCCUAACUACUCCCCCACCUCCCCGGCCUACGAGCCCCGCUCUCCUGGGGGAUACACCCCCCAAAGCCCGGGCUACUCCCCAACGUCACCCUCCUACUCCCCAACGUCCCCCUCUUACUCCCCCACCAGCCCCAACUACAGCCCCACCUCACCCUCCUAUUCACCCACCUCCCCCAGCUACUCCCCAACCUCCCCCUCAUACUCCCCUACAUCCCCCAGUUACUCCCCUACCUCCCCAUCUUACUCCCCCACCUCACCCUCUUACUCCCCCACUUCUCCCUCCUACUCCCCUACCUCCCCCAGCUACAGCCCCACGUCUCCAAGCUACAGCCCCACCUCGCCUAGCUACUCCCCCACCUCACCCUCUUACUCCCCCACUUCCCCCUCCUACUCCCCCACCUCACCCUCUUACUCCCCCACUUCCCCUUCCUAUUCCCCUACCUCCCCCUCUUACUCCCCCACCUCUCCAAGCUACAGCCCCUCUUCACCCAACUACACCCCAACCUCACCCAGUUACUCCCCCACCUCCCCCUCCUACUCCCCUACCUCCCCCUCCUACUCCCCCCACCUCCCCGAACUACACCCCCACCAGCCCCAACUACUCCCCCACCUCCCCCUCUUACUCUCCCACUUCUCCAUCCUACUCUCCCUCCAGCCCACGCUUCACCCCCCAGUCGCCCACCUACACCCCCAGCUCUCCCUCCUACAGCCCCAGCUCUCCUUCCUACUCACCCACCUCACCCAAAUACACACCUACGUCCCCCUCUUACUCCCCCAGCUCUCCAGAGUACACCCCCACCUCCCCCAAAUACUCCCCCACCUCGCCCAAGUACUCCCCGACCUCUCCCAAAUACUCACCCACCUCCCCAACUUACUCCCCGACGACCCCUAAAUACAGCCCCACCUCGCCCACCUACUCACCCACCUCACCCACCUACACCCCCACCAGCCCCAAGUACUCCCCCACCUCCCCAACCUAUUCCCCAACCUCACCCAAAUACUCUCCCACCUCCCCCACCUACUCGCCCACUAGCCCCAAAGGGUCCACCUACAGCCCCCUGUCUCCUGGCUACAGCAACCCCUCACCCAGCUUCACCCUCACCAGCCCGGCCAUCAGCCCAGAUGACAGUGACGAGGAGAACAACUGA